AUGGUGACCAUCUCAAAACUAGCCGGCUACAACAAGCAGGAUAUCAAAAACAUCCUUUUGUUGUUGCACGAGUUUGUCGUUACUUACAAGCACAACAAGGUUACAUUGAACUACCAAUCACGGCCCGUGGUUUUGUUCUUCACCACACUAAUAGCCACCGCUGGGUUUGGUUUGUACUUCUCGAUACGUGGAGCAGUUAGCAAGUACAAUGAGUACGUGUUGGCCAAAAAAUUGAGACGGCCCAGUCUUAUUCGCCAGUCGUCAAAUAUGCUCAAGAAUGGAACGAGAGAGGUGUUUAUACCUAGCGGCAAGGACUCAAUCAAACGCAUCAUCAUACCCAAGCCUAAUAACGACUUGUAUGCUGCUGAUAAGUACUUGUACAAGGACUUUGUGAUCAAUCAACGUCUCUUGCUGCAAAAGAAGGGAGUCUUGUUCAACUCCAAGUUUCUUAAUCAGUUGGCUAUCAUUUGGAGAAUAUUGAUUCCUAAAUUCUACUGCAAAAACACGUCGUUGUUGCUAUCACAAUGUUUCUUUCUAAUAUUUCGAACAUGGUUAUCGUUGCUAGUUGCCAAGUUAGAUGGUCAAAUUGUGAAAAACUUGAUUGCGGCAAAUGGGAAAAAGUUUUCGCGUGACUUGAUCUACUGGUUGUUGAUUGCGUUUCCGGCUUCAUAUACCAAUGCUGCUAUCAAGUACUUGGACCAGAGACUAGCUCUAGGUUUCAGGACUAAUUUGACGAGGUAUAUCCAUGACAUGUAUCUCGACCAAACAAUGGCGUAUUACAAGAUUGACUUGGGUGCGUCAGCUUUACAAAACAUUGACCAAUACAUCACUGAUGAUGUGACCAAGUUUUGCUCUUCGUUAUCGUCGUUGUUCUCAUCAAUGGGUAAGCCAUUUAUUGAUAUGAUUUUUUUCGCGGUGUACUUGAGAGAUAAUUUGGGAAGCGGUGCUAUACUUGGAAUAUUUGCCAACUAUUUUCUCACGGCGGUCAUGUUGAAGAAGGCCACGCCAUCAUUCGGUAAAUUAUCGGCACAGGGAGCCCACCUCGAAGGGGUGUAUUUCAAUCAGCAUUUAAAUUUCAUGACCAAUUGCGAGGAAAUUGGGUUUUACAAAGGUUCACUCAUUGAAAAGGCCAAGCUUCGUGAAAAUUUCAACAAGUUGAUGAAUCAUGUCAAAAAGGAGAUCAAUACAAGUUUUUGGUAUGCAACGUUGGAAGAUUACGUUUUGAAAUAUACUUGGUCGGCAUGGGGGUACAUUUUUGCUGGAUUGCCGGUAUUUUUGGACGAAUUGUGGCCUGCAGAAGACAAGAAGAAAGAUGUGUCGCUGGAUGCUGCUGCAAGUGCUGCGAGCGAACGUAAGAAUAUGAGGCAGUUUAUCACCAACAAGAGAUUAUUGUUGUCUCUUGCGGAUGCUGGUUCGAGAUUGAUGUAUUCCAUCAAAGACGUCAACACAUUGACUGGGUAUACUGACCGAGUCUUUGACUUGUUGACGCAGUUGCAUCGUGUGCAUUCGCCUCGAUUUGAUUAUGGUGAUAAACGAGGAAUUGCUGAUAUUCAUGGCACUAUUCAAAACAAUUACCCCAAUGGGUUGAGAUUUGAACAUAUUCCAGUAAUCAUCCCUACUCCAGAAGGUUCCGAAUACGUUCCCUUGGUUGAAGAUUUGAAUUUCCACAUUAAGCUGAGGAAUAUGUUAAUUUUAGGACUGAAUGGAUCGGGGAAGACUUCAAUCGCGAGAAUUAUUGCUGGGUUGUGGCCAUUAUACAGUGGUCUUUUAUCGAAACCCAAUGAUGACGAUAUUUUUUACCUCCCACAAAAGACGUAUUUCACAACUGGUAAUUUACGAGACCAGAUCAUAUACCCACACUCGUAUGUUGAGAUGUUGGAAAUGGGUUACAACGAUGAUUACUUGUACCAUAUUCUUCGUGAAGUGAAGUUGGAGUACCUUUUGAAGAGAGAGGGUAGUUUCAAUGUUGUUAAGGAUUGGAAGGAUGUUUUCAGUGGUGGUGAGAAACAACGUGUUAGUAUUGCUCGUGUGUUGUUCAAGAACCCCAAGUUGGUGGUUCUUGACGAAAGUACCAAUGCCGUCAGUACCGAUGUUGAAGAUUAUCUUUUUGAACUUUUGAAGCUGAAAAAGAUUCCAUUCAUUACGUUGUCUCAUAGACCAUUGUUGAUGAAGUAUCAUGAUUAUAUUUUGGAAAUUGAAGAGGAGGGUACUUGGAAACUACAUGACUUGACUAGUGAGGAGAAUUUAAAGACUAUAGAUAAUGAAAUUACUGAAAUUGAAGAAAAACUUAGUCAAGUGACGAAAUGGGAAAAGAGGAAAGAUGAAAUCAAUGAUUAUUUGGAUGGGAAGUUCAAUGAUAUUGGAAUGGAGAGUUCAAUUGAUUUUUCGGAGGAAAAGAUCAAAGUCGGGGGUGCCUAG